CCUCAAUUCUAUCUAGCAUGUUGCCUUGACCUCGACAUUCACGUGUUGUUGACAAAUUCCAGUUGCACCCGUGCAUCGCGUCAUAUGGUUUGUCUAGCCUGUACUUAAUAAAUUCAGAAAUGCAGUUUGCGAAAGCAAAGAAUCUAAUCUGGCUACAUCUUAGACUAAAAAUAAAUCGUAGUUUGCAAUUUAAUAGUGUGAAGUUUUUUAGCGAAGCAUCUUUUGUGCACUGUUUUAAAAAUAGUGGUAGUUUUUCACAUCUUUCACCAGGGAUGAGAAAUCCAUCUUAUUUCAGCCUUCGUUUUAUUUGCACCGAGAAAGAACUUAAAACGGCCAAACUGAAGGCGAAGCAUGCAGCCACCGAGGCACAGGCCAAGCUGGUCGUCGUGACGCUCUCCGACGGCCAGGACUGCAAGUUCCCGUGGCUGUGGCUGAGAGACAACUGUCAGUGCGCAGCAUGCUUCAACUCCUCGUCCUACUCCAGAAUCAUUAACUGGGAAUCGUUUGACACCAAAGUGUUCCCUGUAGACGUAUCGAUAGGCGAGGAUGCAGUGCGGGUGGCGUGGUCAGACGGCCAUGAGAGCGUGUUCUCGCUGGCCUGGCUUCUCGAGAGGAGAUUCACCGCCGCUGCGCAGGAAGAGUGGCUCACCAAGACCUACCAGCCCUCAAAAGUUUCCUGGGGGUCUGAACAGUUCCCUCUCAUUCUUCGCAGAUUUUGCUACAAGGACGUUAUCGAAAGUUGUUUUCGUAGUGAUGAAUGUCUCCUCGAGUGGCUGGAGUCGCUGGCUGUCCAUGGAGUAGCGUUCCUGGAGAGAACACCGCACAGAACGGAUCAGGUCAGGCAGCUUGCUGACAGAGUGGCGUUCAUUAAGAAAACUGUCUAUGGUGAGGAGUUUCACCUGAAAGUGCAGCCAGACGCCACAAAUGUAGCGUAUUUAGCGACGCCACUGCAGAUGCAUAUUGACUUGCCCUAUUACCAAUACAAACCGGGGUCUCCCUCCACUGCCUGGUGCAAGCAGCCGGCGGGGGGGGCCGUGAACCAGCUCACGGACGGCUUGCGCGUGGUCGAGCAUCUGAGGGCGUCGCACCCCGGCGCGUACGACGUGCUGGCCGCCACGCCGGUCGAGUGGGCCGACGUCGCCCGCGACGGAGCCCGCGAGUGGUUCCUCGUGCACAGGGCUCCCGUCAUACGUGAAGACUGUGUGGGCCAGUUUGCAAGCAUCAACUACAGCCAGCAGCAGAGAGAUUCUCACUUCUCUGUGCCGCUGGAGUCUGUGAACAAGUGGUACGAAGCCUGCGCCACCCUUACACAAGUGAUUCAUCAUCCUGACAACACGGUUUUCUUGAAGAUCAAGCCAGGAGAGAUACUGACAUUCGACAAUUUUCGCUUGCUGCACGGGCGAAGUGGCUAUGACAACACGCCGGGCCAGGAGCGACAUCUUGUUGGAGCGUACCUUGACUGGGACCAUGCAUACUCUUGCAUCAGAGUGCUGCGUAGAGACGGAAGUAGCCGUGGCGAUUCUUGAUCUCACCUCUGGACCCUAAUCCUUUGUUUUCAUGCACUGCGAUGCGAGUUGAAGUAAUUGUGCUGCAGUGUACCUGUAACCUUUCCCAGGUCCUUUUUUUUCUAAUUUAUUUAUAAGGAUCAUUGUGCCUGCCAACAGUUCACACGUGAUAAAGCAGGGUGUCUACAGGUACCAAAAGUCACGAAAAAGUAAUGAAACUGAAUAACUGGUCACGAAAAUCCCAAAAAAAGUCCCGAAACGAACAGUAACAGUAUUAAAAGUCACGCAACUUUAAUUUUCAGCAGCAGUUAGCUAACUUGAGUUUUGUUUUUGACACAUUCCUUAAUUUUAUAGCUUCACAUUAAAUAUAAAUAAUUGGUAACUAUCCACUUAAAUCAUGCAUUGCUGCCAAGUUUGAAGGAUUUUCUACAAUAAUUACUGUUUUAGUAUCCAGUUAAGAGAAUUUCGGAGAGAUAUUUAUUAAUAAUAGAAACAUAGAAACUUACGGACGUCAGAAAUAUCGUGUUUAUCUGCAUUUUGUGCGAUAAUUUUGGCUCAUGUGGCACUGGCUUCAUAUAUUUCACAGUAAUUGUGGUAUUUCCUGUGCUCGCAGCACCAUAAUUUUGGUGAUAUGUGUAGGUAAUGUUUUGGUGGUAAUAGCCAACAACGGAACUAACUAUAGUUUUGUCAUCUUUCUCAUCAUUAAUAAAUUAUGUGAGAUGUUAAUAAGAAGUAUGCUGUUGUUUGGUAUUCCUCAGACUAUAAAAAAGUUGCAUAAGUGAUAGCUAUCCAAAAAUGUGGGUGUGUCUCGUUCCAUCUAAACUGUCGGAAAUAUAAUUUUUAUUUCGUCCAUGACUGCCGAUGUAUAUCAACUUAUUUAGUUUGAUAUUUUUGGCUACGAAUGUAUAACUACAUAACGCUGUUUUGUCUGGAGUAUAACAUUUAAUUUGAUAUUUACAACUAUGAAGCAUUUAGUUGAAGAGUUAUGGUUUGAUACUUUAUAAAACGGUCAAAAAGAAUGCAUAUUUACAAAUGUCUGCUUGAGCUAAAUUUAUUGCAAAUCCAAUCAAAAAAUAAAUUGCAUCUAUUCUGAGGCAAUUUUGGGCUUAGCUAAUAGGAUUGCUAUGAAAAAUGUAACCGCAAGGAGAUUCAUGAAUCCAAGCUUUAAAAAAAUCAUGCACUUGCAAUAUGAAAUGAUAAUGCGGUUAACGUUUUGUAAAGUAUUUUAUAUAAAUAAAUUAUUUUAGCUUUUUAAAAAUUAUAUGGUUUUCAAAUAUGUAUAAUUUUUGAAACAUUUAAUUUACUGCAUGGGAGUUAGUGUUAAUUCUUUUAUAGUGUAGUAUUUGGCAUAAGCUUUAUUGUACUUGCUUUGUAAAGGUUUUAACUUUUUAACUCAGCAAUUGGCAUGUUCCUGCAAAUUGUAGAUUUAUUUAGUUUUUUUUUUUUUUAGUUUUGCUUAUUGUAGUUGAAAUAUUACCCAAUGACAUAAAAAUGUUGGAGACACCCUGUAAAGGCAUGUGUAUAAAUAUCAGAACUGUGAUAAAAUAAAUAAUACUUUUGAGAGGAGAAAAAAAAA